AUGAAAUUCUUAGACGGGAUACACAAGUAUACUGGGUUCACUUAUUACACCACCAUUUUGGAUUCUGCAAGUAACAAUUUGAAUAAGUGCACACUUAAUCAUACUCUCCAAAAUCACAAAAACGUUUUGACGAUUUUCGAGACAAAGAAUGGUAACUUCUUUGGCGCAUUUCAUUCUACUAUUCAAAAACUCAAUGACUAUGAACUUCAAGUCGACGAAAAGUCUUUUGUGUUUUCAUUUGUCAACGGAAACUUCUAUUGCAGUCGAAACUAUGACAAUGGUUCAUAUUUUAACUCGCCAAAGAAUUUGUAUCAAGUCGCUCAAGCUUUCAAAGUCGAAGAUAAUUUAAACACAACGUAUUCCGCUUACUCAAACCGGUUUUAUAACAACACAAUUUGUUUCCCAGAAGAAAACCCAAUCAAGUUCGUAGCAGUGUGUCUUUCUAAGUGA